AACCCAAUAACUUUGUUUGUAAAAAACGCGAUCUUGCUUGGAUUCAAAAUCUACAUGAUUACUACGCUUCUCAUAUUUUCCAGUUUGAAUUUAAUUAUCAUCAAUUAAAUCAUUUGAAAUGGCGGCAGCAGCAAUAUCAGUACAUCAGUUUGCAGAUUGCGUUACUUGUCACGCUUGGAGUCCUGAUCAUACUAUGAUUGCUCUUUGCCCAAAUAAUCAUGAGGUUCACAUAUACAAAUUAGUGGAGGAAAAUUGGGAAAGAAUUCAUGUUCUCCAAAAGCAUGACCAAGUUAUCGCAGGAAUCGAUUGGAGUAAAUCAUCAAACAGGAUAGUGACCGUGUCUCAUGACCGAAAUUCGUAUGUUUGGAACCAAGAAGGAUCUCAAUGGGUACCAACUCUUGUUAUCCUUAGGCUCAACCGUGCUGCACUCUGUGUGCAGUGGAGUCCUAAAGGGAACAAGUUUGCUGUGGGAAGUGGAGCUAAAACUGUUUGUAUAUGUUACUAUGAGCAGGAGAACAACUGGUGGGUUAGUAAGCUUAUCAGGAAAAGACAUGAUUCGUCUGUGACCAGUGUUGCUUGGCAUCCUAAUAAUGUUCUUAUUGCUACAACAUCUACUGAUGGAAAAUGUAGAGUAUUCUCAACAUUUAUCAAAGGAGUUGAUGCAGGGAAACCAAAGAAAGCAGGAAGUGGCUCCUCGUCAGAUGCAAAAUUUGGAGAGCAAAUUGUUCAGCUUGAUCUCUCAUUUUGUUGGGCGUUCGGUGUCAAAUGGUCUCCAAGUGGCAAUAGCUUGGCCUAUGUAGGACAUAAUUCAAUGAUCUACUUUGCUGAUCAAAUUGGACCUUCGCCUUCUGCUCAAAGUGUUGUACUACGUGAUUUGCCUCUUCGUGAUGUUAUGUUUGUCUCGGAGAAACUCUUAAUUGGUGUGGGCUUUGACUGCAAUCCUAUGGUUUUCGCAGCAGAUGGGACAGGUUUAUGGAGCUUCGUUAGGUUUCUUGAUGAAAAGAAGGCAACAUCUUCUAGUGCAAGAUAUGGUUCGCAGAUCACAGAAGCAUUUGGAAAGUUCUAUGGAAGCUCAAAACAGGGAGCUAGCAAUGAUAAAGGCCGUGGUGGCCUUCAUGACAAUUGCAUCAAUUGCAUUGUGCCAUUGCAGAAUACAGAGAGUGCAAAACUAACCAGCUUUAGCACUUCAGGACUAGAUGGUAAAAUUGUUGUAUGGGAUUUGAGUAACCAGGAAGACUUGCUUGAAUACAUGUAAAUCUGUGAGGGCUACCGUAAUCAUGUUACACUCCUUUCCUGGAAAAUACCUUUUCCCUGUGCAUGGCUGAUUGUAGUUUAAAGCUUCACCCAACUUUUUACUACACCCCGAUAUUAUUGUUUCUCAUGGUGUUUAUAUACAAGAAACGUAUAUCAACAGUGCUAUGACAUAGUCUAUAUGUAGUAUCGAUCGAAUAUAAAUCUGUAUACCAUCGCUAUUAUUUCUGUUGUUGGCAAUAGGUUAUUUACAUGCA